AUGGCAGAAGCUGAGACUCAUCAUGUGUUGAAAGACUUGGAGACGGAUGCAAUCUCUUCUCCUGCGCGUGUGCCGAAGAAGCGACACAAACGUGGGGAGUGUUCGUGGUUUCCUUCAGGGCCUGAGGAUCUGUCUGCGGCAUUGAGUUACAACACACAGCAAACAGACCACUUGCUGCAGAACGUGCCAGCAAUGGGCCAUGACACCAAGGGGCAUUUGCGACAGAUUGUUGACUUGAAUAUUGUGGUGACCACAUGUUAUUCCGGAACAGGUUGCUUUGAAGGCGUCUGUCGUGAGGUCCUGGCCCGUCUGCGGUCACAGUUUCCAGAUUUCAGUGGAGAUGUUUGCAGCUAUGCCGCUACCGAGCGGAAUGCUGCUGCGCAAGCAUGUUUGUUCAAGCACAAAGCUGGAAUUGGCCACAUUUUCGAGGACGUGUUGGGCAGAUUGCCAUCACAGGCAAGGACCCAGCUGAAGGAUAUGGAGCAACGGGCCUUAUCAGACCACAAGUGCUUGCAGCAAGAGUUGUCUUUUCAGCAGAUUGACAAAGCCAGUUUCGUUACGAUGAAGCAAAAACUGGAAUCUUCUUAUGUCAGCAGCUUGAAAGAAGUGCUUGCCACUGUAGAGUUCAACGACACCGAUUUUUGCUUGGUGCAUGGCAAGCAGUGCUGCAUAUCCCCUCGGAGUGAUCCUGCACUGAGGACAGCGUACUGGGUAGAAGCGAGCGGCAACACAUGUUGCCCAUGGUCAAUCAUGUCAUCCUCUAAGGGUGGAUGCUCAAACGGAUGGCUGGAUAGUGCCACGUUGCCUUUCCUCACAUGGGCAUAUAGCACACGUUUUUACGAGCCGGACACAGUCUUGCAAGAGAACGUGAAAAGCUUUCCUGAGGCAGAGCUUUUUGGCAUCAUUGGCUGCUUCGAGGACGUGUUGAAACACAUCCAGACGAGGCCGUUGGUUGCUUCUGAAGAGAAGAGCCCCAGAAGGUAUCAAAUGUGUUCACAAGUGUUUUCUCCGACUGAUCUUGGUGUCCCGAGUUCGAGGUUCCGGAAGUACACGGCUUUGCAUUUGAGUCCUUGGGUCCAAUGCAACUUCAGUCUGUCUUUUGCAGAUGUUUUCUUUCGAUCGUUGAAGACAUCGGCUGGCAUCUAUUUGGAAGCAGUUCCUUAUCAUAUGCAUCACAACGAGUCGCAUGCUACGUCUGAGGCUGGUGCAUCCGGGAGUGCAGGCCAGGAAGGAAACCAAGUAGAUGGACUCUCCGCAGGCUGUUGUGGCAGGUUGGAAUCUUGGGUUUGCUGGUCGCAGCAAGACGCCCAGAAUGUGAAGUUCAGAGAUGCAAGUGGAGGCUGGCUGUUCCCGUUCGUGUUGGUUGACUUGAGCCAGAAUGCUCGCUUCCGAAACACUGCAACAACAGCUGAAAUGCCAUGUCUUCUGACAAACACAAUCUUGUGGGACUUGGUUCGGGAACGGUCGGUGCCAGUUGCAGUGCACUGGCUUGCUCAGGGGUUUGCGCAUCCUGAUGCUUUGGGUGUGCCAGAGCACAUUAAGGCCUCCUUCCCAUUUGAGGAGUCCUUGCUGCGACCCGAUUCAGCAGAAGGGCUCACGGAAGCGUCCCAACGGACUCUCACUGGCAACGCCAUGCAUUGGAACUGCAUGGGAGCUUGGAUGCUGUACAAUUUUGGUUUCUCAGACAAGUCCCGAAUGCUUCCCAGCCGUCCGUGA